AUGAAUGAAAAUGACAGCGAACAGCUUGGAUUAGAGAUAAAGAAGCUGGCAUUAGAGGAGGAGAGGCUGAUCCAACAGCUGGAAGAUGUGGAAAAGAACCAGAAGAUAGUGGCGGAAAAUCUCGAGAAGGUCCAAGCUGAGGCUGAGAGGUUGGAUCAGGAGGAAGCUCAGUAUCAAAGGGAAUACAGUGAAUUUAAAAGACAACAGCUAGAACUGGAUGAUGAGCUUAAGAGUGUAGAAAACCAGAUGCAUUAUGCCCAGAUGCAGCGGGACAAGCUGAAGAAAACCAACGUCUUUAAUGCAACCUUCUAUAUUUGGCAUAGUGGACAGUUUGGUACAAUCAAUAACUUUAGACUGGGUCGGCUGCCCAGUGUUCCUGUGGAAUGGAAUGAGAUUAAUGCUGCUUGGGGCCAGACAGUGUUGCUGCUCCACGCCCUGGCCAAUAAGAUGGGUCUGAAAUUUCAGAGGUAUUGA